UACAUGCAGCACAAACGGAGACAGAGAUUUUUAUUUCAAGUGUCUAUCAUCACUACUUGACAGAAGAUCACUCUUAGUGUGUUCAUAAACUCUCAAAGCUUCAGAUUCUGUUUUUUACUGACACAGUUGAAGAAAAUGUUUCACACUUAUAUGAUCGGUUUGUUCAUGUGCUGUCUUAUCGAUGUGUUUGGUGAUGGAGAUGAAGUGAAGUCAGUGAUAGUGAUGGAGGGAGAUUCUGUCACUCUACACACACAUAUUACUGACAAACACAGAAUAGAUGGACUAGAAUGGAGAUUUGGAUCUCAAGAGGAUUUUAUAGUUCGUUAUCUCAGAGAUAGAUUUUUAAGAAAUGGUUUUCUUGAUGAUAGUUUAAUAUACAGACUGCGUGGGGAUGAUCAGACUGGAUCUCUCACCAUCACAGACAUCACAACUGAAGACUCUGGACUAUGGACCUUGAUCAUCAGUGACGGGAUAUUUGGGGAUGGUAAAAUUAAAGAGACGCUGUACAGAUUCAAUGUGACUGUAUUUGCUCGUGUGCCCGUUCCUGUCAUCACCAGAGACCCUUCAGUGUGUUUAAAAUGUGUGUUGUUGUGUUCAGUGAUGAAUGUGACACAUGUGAGUCUCUCCUGGUACAAAGGAAAGAGUUUAUUGUCCAGCAUCAGUGUGUCUGAUCUCAACAUCAGACUCUCUUUACCUCUGGAGGUGGAUCAUCACGAUACAAACACAUACAGAUGUGUGCUGAACCAUCCCAACACAAACCAAACACAACAUCUCAACGUCACUCAACACUGUUACAAGUUUUCAGACUGUCUCAGCCCAGCUUAUGCUCCUGAAGCUGUGAUCCGAUUGGUCGUUUCUGCUUUGGUGGGAGUGGCCGCUGUAGCUGCUUCUAUUGUUCUGAUUUAUGACAUCAGAUCCAGAAGAGCUGAACAGAAGAGAACGUCACAGAUCACAUCCACACUUCAUCUAGAGAUCCAGAGUUUAUAACUUUGACUUCAUGGCUGCAGUGAGAUUUAUUCAUCAAAUGAUUUAGUGGUUUGUCUGAAAUCUUCCUAAGGUCCCUCUAGCGCUUGCUUUUAAUCAUUUUUUCAUACUUUGUCUGUUUUAUUAAUUAUAAACAUGUACAGCCGGUAAAACAGCUCUCUUUACAUUUAAGUUUGCACCUAUACAAUAAACAUAUGAUUAAGAGACAUAUACAACUAAAACUUUGUUAUAUAAAUUCCUUUAUAAUGUUUCCUGUAAGAACGCUGUUUAAAAAUAAAAAUAUAAUGUAAAUGUG